AUGAAAUCAACAAUUUUUUGCCUGUUCUUUAUAUUGUUCUUUACUACUGUUUUAUUCAUUAAAGUUGAACCACAACCUACUUAUAUUGAUGAAAAACAUGGCAAAAGUUUAAUUAACAAUCAAGAUUCAAUAGAUGAAAAUAUUGGAAGCCUAAACUUUUCUCCUGACAUAGUUUAUGAUACAAAUAAUAAUGAUGAUACCUCAGAAAAUACAAAACGAGGUGUUCUUCGUUACUCUGGUGGAUUAUAUGGAAAAAGAACAUUACGUUAUUCAGGUGGAUUGUAUGGAAGAAAAAAAAGAUCUAAUGGUAUACUUAUUAUACCAUUCCCACCACAAGAAUUUUUUCAAAAUUAUAUAAAUGAUGGAAUGUCAUUUGAUCAAACAUUUCCCGGAACAAGAGCAAGAAGAGCUCUCCUUAUUAAACGUACUAAUGACAGAAUCGUUAGUAGAGCCAUGCCAAUGAAUGGAGGAUUAUUUGGAAAAUAA